UUGGCGUUUACUAGAACAGUCUUCCGAGGUACAAGAGGAAAGUACAGGUGGUAAAACGUUGAAAGUCCUCCGGGCCUCAGGGGGGCGCUGCCGCUCAUGGACGCGGUCGCGCUGCAGAAAGGAGCGAAAGGAGCGAAGGGGAUUAAAGGUUGCGAACAUGGCGGCCGCCUUGGACGAGGAUGACAUAGAUAACGACGACUAUUACUCCUUACUCAAUGUCCGGCGGGAGGCCACCCAGGAUGAGCUGAAGGCCUCGUACCGGCGGCUGUGCAUGCUCUACCACCCUGACAAGCAUCGGGAUCCCGAGCUGAAAGGACAGGCAGAGCGGCUGUUUAACCUUGUCCACCAGGCCUAUGAAGUUCUCAGUGAUCCUCAGGCCAGAGCUAUCUAUGACAUCUAUGGGAAGAGAGGACUGGAAGUCGAAGGAUGGGAGGUGGUGGAGAGGAAGAGGACCCCGGCGGAGAUCCGCGAGGAGUUUGAGCGUCUCCAGAGAGAGAGAGAUGAGAGGAGGCUGCAGCAGAGGACCAACCCCAAGGGGACAAUCAGUGUAGGAGUGGAUGCAACAGAUCUCUUUGACCACUAUGAAGAUGACUACGAGGACAUGCCAGGCGGGGGCUUUCCCCACAUUGAGAUCAACAAGAUGCACAUAUCACAGUCCAUAGAGGCCCCCCUGACCACGACCGACACAGCCAUCCUCUCCGGCUCUCUGUCAACACAGAAUGGCAACGGGGGAGGAAACAUCAGCCUAGCACUACGACGAGUCACUUCUGCCAAGGGUUGGGGGGAGUUGGAGUUCGGUGCUGGAGACACACAUGGACCUCUUUUCGGGAUGAAGAUAUUCCACAAUCUGACGCCACGCUGCUUUGUAACGGCUCAGUGCGGAAUGCAGUUCUCGUCCCGUGGCGUUCGGCCCGGCCUCAGCACGGUUCUUGCUCGCCACUUGGACAAGAACACCAUGGGCUACCUGCAGUGGAGGUGGGGUGCCCAAUCUUCCAUGAACACCAGCAUAGUGAGAGACACCAAGACCAGCCACUUCACCUUGGCGCUUCAGCUGGGAAUCCCUCAUUCCUUCAUGAUGAUGAGCUAUCAGUACAAAUUCCAAGAUGAAGACCAGACCAAGAUCAAGGGCUCUGUGAAGUCAGGAUUUUUUGGUACAGUGGUGGAAUAUGGUGCAGAACGGAAGAUCAGUCGGCACAGUGUGCUAGGGGCCACUGUCAGCAUCGGGGUACCCCAAGGUGUCUCCCUCAAAAUCAAGCUAAACAGGGCUAGCCAAACAUACUUCUUCCCUAUUCACCUGACGGACCAGAUACUCCCCAGUGCAGUGUUCUACGCCACAGUUGGACCGCUGGUCUUCUACCUGGCUGUUGAUCGGCUAAUCAUUAGGCCCUAUGUGCGCGCCCAGAAGGAACAAGACUUGGAGAAGCAGAGGGAAAGCUUGGCAUCUGGCAUUGCCCGGAAAAAGCAGGAAGCAGAGGCCGCAGUUUUACUAAUGCAGGAGUCUGUGCGGAGAAUCGUUGAGGCUGAGGAAUCCAGAAUGGGCCUUAUAAUUCUUAAUGCCUGGUAUGGGAAGUUUGUGACCGACAACAGCAGGAAGCAUGAAAGGGCAAAGGUCAUCGAUGUGACCGUACCUCUGCAGUGUCUGGUGAAAGACUCCAAACUUAUUUUAACAGAGGCCACAAAGUCAGGCCUACCAGGCUUCUAUGACCCAUGCGUGGGUGAGGAGAAGAGCCUGAAGGUGCUGUAUCAGUUCCGUGGCGUGAUGCAUCAGGUUCUUUCUGGUGACACAGAAGCACUCAGAAUACCGAAGCAAUCUCACAGGAUCGACACAGAUACCUAAGCUGUCUACUUGGCUGGAGGAAAAGACUUUGGACCGAUUGAUCGACAGAGACAGAUAGGGAUAAGAAUGGACAGAUAUUUGUUUCAGACCUUGAAUCUCCUUUUGCCUUGAGAGCCACCUGUGUGUGCCCCCAUCUGUUUCAUGGUUUUUCCAUAUAUAAUAGAGGUGAUACAGAGAUGGUCAAUUUCAUAAAAUAACUCAUUGCAAGCCAAAGCGUAUAUGUGUGUGUGUAUGGCUGAUCACAAAUGUGGAUAUUGUUCCACAUAUUUUUUUUUCCUGCCUCCUUUGGUUGUUUUUAACUUGAAUCCUAUGAAAUAAUUUAACCCCACAAAGUACUCUGCCCACUUUGACACCCACAGCAUAACAAGCAUGAACUCUUUACCAUGUUUCCUAUCUCCACAGGAGCUAGAGUACUUUGGUUGUUCUACCAGGCCUCAGUAUUAGGGCUCACUUUAAUCUCCAUCCCAAUGAAAUGGACAUACAACCCAAAUAUAUAUGCAAAAUUCAUUAAACAAUUAAGUACAAUGGAAGAGAUGAAGCACUGCUGUGUCCAGCUGUUGCUAUGGUGACCUCAAGAAUUAGUACACCUGGUAGCAACUUGAAUGGAUCUUCAUAACUAUGCAUGUCGAAUGUGUACAGCCAUCAGUCUUGAGGGCUGGUUAAGGUCACUACAUUGUUCUUUCUUAGCAGGGGAAACUGUUUGAAGCGUUACCCUGGUUUUGUUCUCUGUUGCUUGUAUAACAUUUUGGCUGAAAUAGUGCAGAGGUGUGUAAGAGACCAUCACUACUGAAAGCUUUUUCUCCUCUACACAUCUCUUGAAAAUUUGUUGGAAGUAAGUGAAAAUAUUUGUUACACAAGGAAUGCUGAAACCAAUUCCAAAAACCAGGUUGUUACAAAACUCACUGUUUGUCACGUGGCAAAAUAUGGAUUACUGUGGUAUUAAUAACGAUGAUAAUGGUCAGGGAGGGUUAUUUCACCAAAUAUGAUGUUCUGUUUAACUGGCUUUCCUCAACAUGCUGACAAAACUUUUAAUGGGAACAUUUUUUGAUUGCUGCACGGCAGUACUCAGUUUUGUCUACAUGUUUACUAAAGUCUGCAAGAAAGGCAGGCUGUCCUGCUUAGUGAAAUAUGAUCCAGAGCAACUGGGUUUAUUCUUGUAACGGUCUUGUUUUUACAUGGUGGUGGGUAGCAAGAAGCGAUUAUCUCUCAGUAUCAUUUUGCAGUUCAGUCAGAUUGUAAAACACACCAGCCUGUUCUAGCUGAUAAAGUGCAAACAAACCACAUUUAAGUCUUCACUAGGACUGCGCCUUGUUUUUUCCAUCCAAACCUCUCAUCUGAUAAACUGGUCAAAUGACAUGGUUCUCUUGUUGUUUUUAAUGCAUCACUAACAGUAGUUAUACCAACAGCCAGAAAAUUAAAUAAAACGGGAUGGUUUUAUUGUACUUAAUGAUGCUUGUUUUUGCAUAUCAAACAUUUCCCAAUGAAAAAGUAGAUUUGAUACAAAAAAUGUAUUAAGGGAAGAAAGUAUUGUUUCCAUACCAUUCAGCCUAUUAUCGGUUCCAGCUUUGAUACCUGAACGACAGGGAGCUAGCUCUCUGAAUGACUCGUGCUGAUCCUUGAAAUUGAAAAGAGCCAGACAAAAAGGUCUCUAACAUAUCCGAAGGUUGUUGAUAAGAACCAGAAUAAGGCCAGAAGUCACCUUGUGGUAUUGAGGUUGCCUCCUUUUUGUUUCUGCUGAUCUUCACUUGGCGCCAUGACUCCAAAGAUAAGCACGCUCCAGAAGCUGAAAUGUCUGAAAGGCAUUUCUGUUCCAAUGAACUCUGAACAUUUUACUUGGAACGGUUAUUAAAUUUUUUUAUUAUCAACAUCAUCUACUUUGGGGUGAACCUGAAGGAGGUUAAAGUUGUGGCUUCUCAUGGUAACUGAUGGUGGAAUUUUGGCAACUUUAUGGGAAAAAUAAUUCUGCUGUUGCUUAUUUCCUUGAAUUUUUGUUAAACCAGAUCUCUUGCUGUAAACACCCUUUGGUUUAUUGUUGGAGACUCAUUAAAAAUGGAAAAGAUCAUUUGUAGCUAAAAGAAAAAGUGCUAUACAUGUGGUAAAUGUAAAAAUGUGUAAUUUAUAAAGCAGCAAGAGUGCCUGGUCUCAGGGACUGGUUUUAAAAAAGCUAUUUUACUUUGAUUUAAGAAGUAGAUAUAUUUUGGUGAUGAACCACCUCAGUGGACAGUUUUGUGACCUCACACUUCCUGGUUUGCAGAUAUGAAUUUUACCCCAUAUGUGUUUAUUUGCCAGGAUACUCCUCCAUAUCCUCUGGUUACAUGAUAAAAUAAAAGCUGUGCAGAAGGAAUGGUGACUCCAAAUGGCUUUUAGCCUACACACAUGUGUGUGUAUGUCUGAGAGAGAGAAAGCAUGUACCCAAGCAUGUACCAACAUCUCUCCCAGGGUGUAUUGUGCCUUACACCCUGUGUUUCCUCCCAUGCUCUUUGACACCAUGACAAUGCCUGGAUAUUAGUAUUACAUUUAUUAAGCUAUUGUUGAAAAGGGGUGACACAUACCGGCUUAGAGGCACUUUGCUCUAAAAUGUUCAGUGUUUUUCAAUAUUUACACUAGUAACAUCUUCCUUGAUUUUUUUUUUUUUUUCUUCUUUUUCUAUCUGGCCUUAUGUUUCCCCAACAAGUGGAACGGAAAUCAAAUCUUUGGUUGCAACACUGCUUCUUUAUUGAUAAAACUUAAUUUAACGCAGUGCCGACCAUGCUCUUCUACAGCUUGACCCAUACACUUAAAUUCAUACCUUUUUUCCCCCAUAUUUUUAUUUGUUGUUAUUAGUAUUUAAAUAUUCUUUAUCUUAUAAUCAGUGCAGCAUUAAUGUCCCCUCACCCAUAUUAAACAAAGUGUAUAUGUAUGAUAUGGCAGGUUCAAAUAAAGGGAAAAACAAGUCAUUUUUGUCAUUUCUGGUGUUUUAGUCUGGUA